AUGCGAGAACCUGUUGAGCCGGAGCCUGCCACAUACGGCACUGUGCCCCCAACAGAGGACGCAUGUUCUCUGCUGCUGACACGGGAGGAGUGCAUGAACCUUCCAGUAGGUCUUGAUGAGCACUACAUCGUCAAACACCCAACUCAGCACUUCCGAUGCCAGAAGUGUGGACAAGUUGGUGAGUCGUGUGCAGACAUCCGUCAGAUGUCAUGCACUGUGAACUUCAUGGCUGACGUUGUGGAACAUGACGGAGAAAACCAAGCCGCAGAAGAGAACCUUCUGCAAAGUCUUCAAGAUGAAGUGUUGGCCAUGGAACUCCUAGAGGAGGAGAUGGCACUUCUGGAAGCCAACGAGAUGCUUGCCGCUUUGGAGCUGGAAGAGUCACAGCGCAUGGACUUGGAAGAGAAGUCGUUGCAGACAGCUCUACUCGAUUCUAUGUCACAAAAGGGUGAUCGGCCACCUUGUCCGAUCAUCCGUGCUGCUGAUGUGAGUGCCUUGGAAGACAUGCAAAAGUUGCACGACAUGGGCUACUCCAAGGAGAAUGCCAUUUGGGCUGUGAGAGUCUCCCAUGAUCUGAAAGAAGCGGAAGAUAGGGCAGCUGGAAGGGCGAAUGCUGAGGCAGCCUUUGAACUUCGGAACACGAAGCCCAAAGCUGAGGAGAUGCUGCCACCUAACACGACUGUCAAGAAGGCCCCUGUGCAGAGCAGCCUGUCGGCAUAUAGUUGUGAUGCAUGCCUGUCCAAAUUCAUGACGCAACUAUGCAUGUAUACAUGCGAUCAGGCCCUGACGUGGUUGAGACUUUGCCACUGGAUCCUCAAUCCGUUGACUCCUUGGUCCAUGCAGCUAGUGCGAAUGCUGCCAAUGCGGAUGCUGCGCUCGCACAGGCAGCUGAUGAUCCCGGAGCUCACCGGGCACUUGCUGAUGACUCCACACCUCUUCCAGCGCAUGCGAUUGCAGAGCUUCCUGAACCUGCUGAUGCCAUUGCAGAGGUUCCUGAACCUGCUGCCGACCAUGGACUCAGCACAGCAGAUCACCCUGCUGAUGCACUACCUGGCCCAGAAAAUGAACCUGCUCACGAUCCACCUCGUAUGGAAAGCGAUGCAGCUGAUGGUCCACCUUGUGGGACAGAUGCUCCUGUUGAUGAUCCUGUGCCCCGCAAAGGAGUGUGAUGAAAAUGAAGACCAUGAUGCUGAGAAUGUGGGCAAGGCUCCGAAGCGGAAGGCUUCGAAACCCAAAUCGAAGCCCAAAGCCAAAGCUAAAGGAGCGCCCAAAAGCUCAGCCAAGAAAAAGGACUUGGCGGCCAAGGGCUCUACUGCUAAGGCAAAGGCUUCCACUUCCAAGUCGAAGGGUUCGCAGGCCAACAAAGCCUCUGCUUCCGAGGAGUCACCCGAGGCCAAGCCCACCAAGAUUGCCAAGACUGGAGAUGAGAAGCUGUCUGAGUCCGAAGGGCAUGCUGUGGCAGAAUGCCCCAGUUCGGGAAGUUCCAAAGCCUGCAAACGCACAGCUGAUGGACAUUCCAAAGCACCUGCAAAGCCGAAGGCGAAGGCAAAAUCCACGAGGAAGCCAAAGCCAUCGAGUGACGCUGGCAGCUCUACUGAGCCAAGCGGUGGCGCUGGCAGCUCUACUGACAAGCCAAGCAGUCGGGCAGGAAAGCCGAACAGGAAGAAGCGAGACGGUGGGUCAGAGAAGCCAAAGGGUGAGGCUGAGGCUGAUCAGCAAAAGAAGAAGAUUCAGUCCGCAAAGUCCUCGGCUUACCAUUGUGCAAAGCGGGCUGCCUUGAAGAACGGAGAGCCCAUGGAGGAAGCAAUCCGAUUGGGCAAGGUGCAGGCCUCUUUGAUGUGGAAGAGGAAGGCGCUUUGUGCGGGCCUGCCGGGCGAGCUUGGUCAGUUCUAUCUUGCAAGCGUUCACUCGCAUGGCUUCACGCGCAUUUUGAGUCGUGAGUUACAUCUUUAA